GUCACCUUAGGUCACACUCGGCAUCAUGAAGGUCAUCUGUCUCCUGGCGGCGGUCGCUGCGGCCGUUGCGGCGCCCAGCAGCAAACUCUUCCCCAAGACGGGCCGCGAGUGGACCCCCGAGUCGCUGAUCAACCCGGAGGAGCUCGGCGAGUUCUUCGAGGGCGACAUCAUGCUGCCGCUGCCGCCGCGGGCCAGGAACGGCAUCCUGGACGAGAGCUACCGCUGGGACAACGGCGUCGUGCACUACGACUUCGCUGCGGCUUUCACCGAGCAGCAGAAGGCGACCGUGCGGCAGUCCAUGGACGAGUACGAGAGCCUGACCGGCGGCUGCAUCACCUUCGUCGAGAGGAGCCAUGAGCACGACUACAUCCACUUCACGCAGGACGACAACCAAGGCUGCUACAGCUACGUGGGCAAGCAGGGCGGAAGGCAAACCAUCAACUACCCUCAGUGGUGUCUGGACAGGCACGGGUCUACCAUGCACGAGAUGUACCAUGCGCUCGGGUUCUAUCAUGAACAGUCACGCUUCGAUAGAGACGACUAUGUCACGAUUAUGUGGAACAACAUCGAUUCUGGCGCCGAACACAACUUUGACAAAUACUCCAGCAAUGUCAUCGGAGGGUUCGGCGAGCAGUAUGACUACGGCUCUGUCAUGCACUACUCCGCGUACGCCUUCUCUUCGAACGGGGAAAAGACCAUUGUCACUCUGGAUCCCAACGCGACCAUCGGCCAGCGCGUGGGCCUCAGCGAGAUCGACCUCAGGAAACUCAUGAAUAUGUACAACUGCUGAUCAUUUACUCUCUGACAUUCAAUAAAGUUUUGAUUUUA